AUGCCAAAAAUUCGGAAAAACAACGAGAACAGUCCGUCGGGUUGGAUUUCAGCAACAGAGCAACGUGCGUAUAUUCGCAGCGAAACAGUACGCGGUAAAAAAGUGCCCGAAAUCCAUGCCGCGUUAAAAGAAGCGUAUAGAAGGUUUACUGUGAAUCGUAGCACAGUACAGAGGUGGCACACGAAGUUUCGUGAAGGUCGAACAAGCAUCGAAGACGAUCCGCGCGCGGGGCAGCCGUCUACUGUAACAGCUGACAACACAAACGCUUCAAUUAUUGCAACGUUGCUCGAUGAAGACCGGAGAAUCACAGUGCUAGGCAAACGAAAGGCGGCGCGGUGGGUACCGCACUUCUUGUCAGCUAAACAAAAAGCAACACGUUCGGAAAUUGCGCACGAAUUGCUUGCUUGUUAUGAAAAUGAAGGUGAAACCUUCCUCGAUCGCAUCAUCGCAAUUGAUGAAACCUGGAUACGUGACUUCGAGCCCGAACUGAAGUCUCAGAGCGACGUUUGGAAGAGUCCAGGUUCGCCGAGAGCACAAAAAGUUCGUCGCCAACAGUCGAAAAUGAAAGAAAUUAUGAUCUUUGCCUACGAUAAACAGGGCGUAAUCACCACAGAUCAAGUUCCGAGGGAUACUAGUGUCACUGGAGCAUACUACAAAAAUUUUCUUCAGAAUGUCUUGCGCCCAAAAAUCCGUAAACUGCGUCCAGGAAUGUUGCAAAGUGGUGUGUUGAUUUUGCACGAUAAUGCACGCCCGUACAUCGGUGCACCGAUCAUCGAACUUCUCGAAAAAUACGGCUGGGAACGGCUCCGCCACCCAGCUUAUAGUCCUGAUCUGAGCCCACCUGACUUCGAUCUCUUUCCCAAGAUGAAAGAACCCCUUCGGGGGGUGCGUUUUCCGACGCUGGAAGUGCUCCGAAGAGAAGUGACCCGACAGAUUCGGAUGCUCAAUAAGAACGGGACGCUGAAUUCAAGCACUUCCGCGCCGCUGGCAAGCGUGCAUUGA